AUGCUUUCCUCAUCCAGUGACGACUCGAAUGUCGAGCCAAAGCACGCCAUCGACGCCCCAGCUGACGAGUAUCCCACGGGAUGGAAACUCGGCUCCGUCGUCGUGGCCCUGGUGUUGGCUGUCUUUCUCGCUUCGCUGGACAUGAACAUCGUGGCAACCGCAAUCCCCAAAAUCACUGAUCAGUUUCACGCACUUGACGACAUCGGAUGGUACGGCUCAGCGCUGUUCCUCACCGUCGCCUCUUCGCAAUCUGUCUGGGGCAAGGCCUACAAAUUCCUCGAUCUCAAAAAUGUAUUCCUCGUUAGCGUCGCCAUAUUCGAGAUUGGAAGCCUCAUCUGCGCUGUUGCACAGAACAGUGUGACUUUCAUCGUGGGACGCGCCAUCAUCGGCCUCGGUGCUGCCGGUGUGCUUGCCGGCUGCUACAUCAUCAUCGCCUUCGUCGUGCCGCCGCAGAAGCGGCCUGCUUUCACCGGAAUCAUCGGAGCUACCUAUGGCGUCGCGAGCGUCAUUGGUCCUCUGAUUGGAGGUGUUUUCACCGAUGGCCCAUCUUGGCGCUGGUGCUUUUACAUCAACCUGCCGAUUGGAGGCGUGGCCGUGGCAAUCAUCGUCGUCAUCCUCAAGACGCCCGAGGCUUCCGUUUCCGAAGAAGCGCGCCGCGCAUCUCCCCUGGAGAAGCUGCUGCACAUGGAUCUGCCCGGCUUCUUUGUCGUCAUGGCUGCUGUCGUCUGCCUUCUGCUCGCUCUGCAGUGGGGCGGCGUCACCAAGGACUGGGACUCGCCCGACGUGAUUGGCACCCUUGUUGGCUUCGCCCUCAUCACGGUGCUGUUUCUCGUCAUCGAGUGGUGGCAAGGUCCGCGCGGCAUGUUGUCUCCGCAGAUUCUCAAGCGUCGCGAAAUCUGGACGGGCUGUCUUUUCAGCUUCUUCCUCGCUGGAGGCUUUUUUAUCCUUCUUUACUAUCUCCCCAUCUACUUUCAGGCUAUUCGGAGUACUUCUGCCCAGGAAAGCGGGAUCCGGAAUCUCGCACUCAUCAUCGCCGACACCAUCACCGUGAUUGGCUCCGGAGCCAUCAUCACCGCGACAGGGCAGUUCGCACCACUCGUUGUCCUCGGCGCCGUCAUGACUACUGUUGGCUCCGGGCUACUCUACACCCUUGACCAGACCUCAGGCCCCGGCGAGUGGAUAGGCUAUCAGGUCCUCGCUGGCCUUGGAAUCGGUCUUUGCUUCCAAGUACCUAUCAUGGCCGGACAAGCACUUUCUCCCCCAGACGAAGUUUCUUCCGCUACUGCAUUAAUCCUUUUCUUUCAAACCAUGGGCGGCGCCAUCAUGGUCAGCGCUGGUCAGGCAGCCUUCACGAACAAACUCAUCAGCAGCAUCAAAACCUCUGCGCCCAACCUUCAGCCAGCCGCAGUCGUCGCUGUUGGAGCCACCGAUCUACGGAAGUCUUUCUCUGGCCCCGACUUGACCGCCGUCUUGGCCGCUUACACCGAUGGCAUCCAAACUGCCCUCAUCCUCAGUAUUGCUUUGGCUGGCAUCGCUACCAUUGCAAGCUUGCUGGUGCCUUGGAAAUCUAUCAAGGGCAAGGCUCAGAUGGGAGCUGGCGCCGUUUGA